GUCCGUACGGAAGCAGAGGCGAUCCUGAUCUAAACAGACGACAAGAUGGCAUCUCGCUCGGGAGGAGGCGGUGAAGGAACCACCAAAGAUCAGAUUCUGGAACUAGGAGCUGUUUUGUUGAAGGAUUUCAUCUAUGAGCGGGUUCAGAGGCAUGGAGAUGGCAAUGCCGUCCUGACCAGGACUCAGCUGGGUGGAGGAGAACUGUGUGACCCCAACCAGAAGAAGCUUGCCCAGUGUCUGCAGCAGAUCGGAGACGAGCUGGAUGGAAAUGUGGAUCUCCAGCGGAUGAUAAAUGACUCUUCACUCAGUCCCACAAAAGACAUAUUUAUGAGAGUUGCCAUAGAGAUCUUUUCAGAUGGGAAAUUCAACUGGGGCAGGGUGGUGGCACUCUUUUACUUUGCCUGUCGACUCGUCAUCAAAGCUCUUGUGACUCAAGUUCCUGAUGUUAUCAAAACCAUCAUCAACUGGACUUUGGACUAUCUCCGUGAAAAUGUGAUCAACUGGAUCCGGGAGCAAGGUGGCUGGGAGGGUAUUCGUUCCUACUUUGGCACUCCUACGUGGCAGACGGUGGGUGUUUUCUUGGCUGGUGUUCUUACCACUGUGCUCGUCAUUCGAAAAAUGUGACGGCUACGAGAAGAGGAGGGAGGAGAAAGAUGAGGAAGGACCACAACCGAGGGCUAUGGGGACAGGAAAAAAAACAAGAUGGACAUAGGAAGAACAACAGAAAGACGUUAAGGCAGGGUUGAACUGGAAGAACUUGAAUCGAGCCUCUUCUGUGUCCUAUUCAUUUGAAAGGAUCGGAAGCUUGACUGAACGAGCACUCGCUCCCGUGGUUCCUACACCACUGAGUAAGUGACCAUAGAGCUUUGCAUGAUUACAUGCACAAAAUGUGGUGGGUGGAAAGUUUGUCAUACUUCAACAGGGAAUAUGUUUUAGGUAAUUUAUUUUUUAUUUGAUACAGAUUAAACGGACACUGUUUCCCACCUACUACUUAUUCUUUAAGAUUUCCUUCUUUGCAUUCACUUCAUUGUUCUGUUUUUUCUGUUCACCCAACUUGCUUCUCAGAUCUUCCAGCUCUCUCCAUCCAUGGCAUCAUGGUACCUGUGUGUUAAUGAAUUUCAUCUUCAUAUGUAUUUGUGAGUGUUUACUGGUGUGCAUCUGUUAUGAUCUGCUGGCAAUGAACACAAUAGUGGGUAGUCACAUCCUAUCAAGUUAAAAAAAAAAGAGGAGAUAUUUUCUCAAAAACAUUUGUCAGAUUUAGCGAGAACACGAUACAAAUAAAGACAUGACACUGCUGAGUAACUUGUCCCAGCUAAUGCACAAAUCAGCCUUAUUUCAGAGUCACAGCGGGCCGUCAUGUGAGUCAGUCUAAAUUCCUGACGUGCGUCACGUUCAAUGAUAUGCUGUCUUUGGGUAUUUUCACCAGUGUUGCAAUCACCGUGUGGCUCCCAGUGAGAAAUUCUGCCCGCGAAUAUCUAGAUGUCGAGUGGAGCCACACGUCAUGGGCCGAUGCUUCCGUCGUUUGUGGACGAGGUUGCACUGCAGACACAGAAUAGCACUGGAUUGCUCACAAAUGUUUACCUCACUUUUUACAGUACUGUAUUUUUACCUGACUUGUUCGAAACUGCAAUCUACACACAGCGAAAGGCUUUUUAUACAUUUUUCUUGUGCCUUGGUGUUUUUUAUUUUAUUUUUCCAAUGGAGUCAUUUUGAUAUUCUCAAAAUUUUCACUGUUUUCUAUCACAUUUGUAAUGCUGAAAAAAGUUUGAAGCCUCCCUGAAAAUCCUUUUGCAGUGACCUUGUAUGUUUAAAAAAAAUAUGGAAAAUAAAUCUUUUAACUGUU